AUGUCUACCGCCCAGUCUAAGGACACCAGCCAGCCCGAGGACACUACUGAGUCUAAAGUCACCACCAAGCUUGCUAAGCCGGAUGAGAACUCGGUGGAAUCCCGAAUGGCUUGGGUAGAUAGUUUGACAGAUGAGGAGUAUAUGCCCCAAGCUGGUAAGGAUUGCUCCUCCGAACGGGCUUACCAAGUCCUCCACCAGAUGAUAUUUGGCCCCGGCUCUGAAGAUGACGAUGAAGACAAAGAUGAAGAAUAG